AUGGGCAUGUCCCGAAUAACACGCCAUCCCCAAUAUUACUUACAUGACGGUAGCGUAUCAUUUCAUGCACGUCUUCUUUUUGUCGAGGGCACCGUAUUUCGCGUACACAAGUACUUUUUUGAAAGAGAGUCCGAAUAUUUCCGAGAGGGAUUCAGAACGGCUGGGCCACAGGGAGAUGGUCAGUCCGACAAGGCAGCGUUUCGACUUGAUGAUGUCAAGAUCAGUGAGUUUGAGCGACUGCUGUGGGUAUUCUACAACCCGCAAUAUAGGUACGAUGAGCAACCCAUGGACCACUGGAUCACUAUCCUUGACCUGGCCACACGAUGGAAAUUUCCAGGCGUGCGAGACCUGGCAGUCCGGCAGCUGCAAAAGCUCGACAUGAAACCUGUCGAGCGAAUUGUCACAUAUGAUAAGUACAACCUCGACAAAUCGCUCUGCUUGCCCGCCUACAUACUUCUGUGUAAACAACCGAGUCGCUCCGUUGAGGAUGGCAAGCGGCUCGGCAUGCCUACCGUCCUCAAGAUAAAUGAGGCUCGUGAGUAUGCACAGAGGUUUGCAGCCGAGCAAGGUUGUCGUAGUCCCACAAGCGCUGAUGCUGAAGAUGAAGAACUUGUCGAGAUUCUGAAGGACGUAUUCAGUCUGAGCUAA